CCCAUAUCAUUCAGGCAUUCAGCCAUCGCCCUCCAUCCUCCAGCCCUAAUUUGUGAAGAUUGAAGACCCAGCCGAACGCCCCUUCCACUACAACCGCACAGCACACCACCACCACCGCCACCGUCGCUGACUGCACCGCGCAUCUCCAGCACAGCAGCGACCUCGCACUUCCAGUACCGCCGCGGCCUCGCGCCUCUAGCUCACCGCGACCGCACACAGCGCACCGCCGUCGCCGUCUCCCACUCUCCAGACUCCCAGUCACCGGUCGACUUCAGUCGUUAUCCGUCGUUCGUCGCCUAGUGGCCUUAAGUCAUCGUCUGUCUCCACUUGCCGACCAAGUUCAUAGGUUUCCACUUUUCCCUAAUUUUCCUAUUAAUGUUUUUGCGAUAUUUCCCUAAUUUCUCUAGUGUUGUUUUUGCCCUAAUUUGUCCAAAGUAGUGUUGUAUAUGUACUAUUGGAGCUUGUUUGGUCAGGUUGCAACUUUCUUAAGAAAGAUCUUGAUCUACUUUGGAAUAAAGCUCUAUACAGAGGAGUUUAAUGGAAAAGUUAAUUGUUUUUGUGAUGGUUAAAAUCAGUGCAGUAUAAAUGAGGUUUAUUGAAUUAUCAUGGUUGACAUAAUCAGCGGUAAGUUUAAAGGCAAGUGGAGGAGAGAGCUUUUAAUUUUUUUUUUCAAGAUCUCGGUGAGUUUUUUGACAUGUAAAUUUUGAUAAGUUAACAACAAAAAAAGCCUAUAAGAUCAUGAGAAGAGGUGUGGGUUCUUUUUUAUUCUUUCCGAUUGAAGUUUGUAUAGUAUAGUGUAAAAUGCAAUAUGCAUUCAUUUGCUAUUUUAUUGAUUUCUUCUCUUGGAAUGAAGCAUAUUUAUGUUACCUUGAAUUUUUUCUGCUGUGUAGAGAAAGUGUGAUCUUAAGCAUCCCCCUGGUGAUGAGAUUUAUCGAAGUGGUACCCUAUCAAAUGUUUGAGGUUGAUGGCAAAAAGAAUAAAGUUUAUGGACAGAAUCUUAGGUUUGCUGCUUGUGAUUUCUCUCUGCUGUUGAAGGUUGAAAAUCCAUGGCGUUUAAAUUAUGACAUCAACAUCUCGACGGCUGAAAAUAUGGGGCGUUUAAAUUAUGACAUCAACAUCUCGACGGCACGACAAUGUUAAUUUUGCAAAUGUACAAGAAGAUAUUUAGAAUUUGAAGGCUACUAUUAUAUUGUUGUAUAGAUUUUGAAUUGAUUAUUAGUACUUAGUAAAAUAUGAAUUGAUAAUGUAUUAUUACUUGAGUGUAAUGUGGAUUGAUAAUAUUUUAGGAUUAUGUUAUAUUUUAGAAUUAAUAGUGUUUUAGUA